UGAGGGAAAUGAGUAAGCGCUGGAGCCUCAGCUCUGAGAGAUGACCGCACCCAUUUUGUUCCACUUCACAAUUCAUUAAGACUUCCUCUUCCAGACAAUCUGUGCUGUCCAAGCGCCCAGCAGCUCCCAUCCUCGGCUCCCAGCUGAUCAGGUAAAUUCCAUCGGCAGUGGGACCGCUGUUGUGUGACAUUGCUGAGCGCUGGCUGGGCAGUGAGCUCGCUAGGGAGCUGCUCCACCAUGUCUGAUCACCAGGAGUCUGAUGCUGAGGAGCAGUGGAACACGCUGGAGAACUACAGAGCGAGGCUCACGUCGGUGAUCGAGCCGUGCCGGAUCACUCCUUAUCUCCGCCAGUGCAAGGUCCUCAACCACGACGACGAGGAGCAGAUCUUCAAUGACCCCAGCCUCGUCAUCCGCAGGCGCAAAGUCGGCGUGCUGCUCGACAUUCUCCAGCGGACCGGGUGCAAGGGUUACAUCGCCUUCCUGGAGAGUCUGGAACUCUACUACCCCGACCUGUACAGGAAGAUCACCGGGCAAGACCCCACCCGCACAUUCUCCGUUAUCCUGGAUGCGGGUGGAGAAUCGAGCCUGACAGAGCUGCUGAUGGCAGAGGUUCAGAAGCAGCAGCAGGCGGUGAUGCAGAGUCAGCGGCGCGCCCAGGAGGUGACCGCCCAGCUGAAGACUAAGGAGGACCUCAUCAAGCAGCUGCAGGUGAAGCUGAACGAGCUGCACAAGCACCAGGAGCGCUUCUGGAAGAUGCGGGAGGAGCGCAACAACUUCAGCGAGGAGCUGAAGAUGUGCAAGGAGGAGAACUACAAGUGGGCUAAGGACUUUGCAAUGCAGAGCGAAGAGAAGAACAAGGCCAUGAUGAAGAACAGAGACCUGCAGUUAGAGAUCGAGAAACUGAAGCACAAUCUGAUGCUGGCAGAGGAUGGAUGCCAGGUGGAGCGGACCCACACCAUGAAACUCAAGCAUGCCAUGGAGCAGAGACCAAAGCAGGAGCUCAUCUGGGAACUCCAGCGAGAGAACGACCUGCUCAAGGCAAAGAUCCAGGAGCUGGCCAGCCCCAUGAAGGUUGAGAAUGUCGAUAAAAAUAAGAUGUACAUCCAGAUCCUGGAAGAUGAUCGGAGGACAACGCAGGAGGAACAUCAGGAACUGGUCAACAGUAUCUACAGCUUGCGUAAAGAGCUUCAAGGUGUGGAGGAGUUGCGAGAUAAGUAUCUGGAAGAGAAGGAGGUAUUUGAGCUGAAGUGCACGACACUGCAAAAGGAUUCCCAGAUGUACAAGGAUCGUAUAGAGGCGAUCGUCCUACAGAUGCAAGAGGUGGCCACAGAGAGAGACCAGGCGCUGCAGUCGAGGGAGGAGAUCCACAAGCUGCACUCACACAGCCUGCAGCAGAAGGACGAGUACCGCAAGCUGAUCCGCGAGAAGGGAGAGAGGUGCGACGAGCUGCAGAUCGAACUCUAUCGGCAGGAGGAGCGACUCCUCAACCUGCAGGCCACGCUCAAGCGGCUGAAGCAACUGCCGGACAGCUCGACCUCAGACUUUGAUGAGACCAGCUCCAAAGCUUCUCAGGAUAUCACUGUUACAGGAAUCCAGGAUACAGAUCAAGGUUCCGCUGAAUGGUGUUGGACACAGAACACAGAGACGGUGAAGGCAGCCGGCUCACAGCCGUCCCCAGCGCUGGCUAAAUUCCCCGACGUGAAAACGCUGGUGGCCACUGAAGACCUACUGAAGGUGAAGUCCAGCAGGUUGCGAAUGAAGAAAAGCUUUGAAGACUACAGAAGGAAGCGGGCGAUCCGCCUGAACAAACAGAUGAACGAGGGGGUGAAAGGAGGCGUGGCAGCGAGCGAGACCACCGACUCCGACUACUCCGACGGGGAAGGGAAGAACGAGGAUGGGAGUUGAUGCGUCCGCCUCUAGGCGGCUGUGGCCCCCAGACCCUCCCUGUGGCCCCCAGACUAUCCCUGUGGCCCCCAGACUAUCCCUGUGGCCCCCAGACUCUCCCUGUGGCCCCCAGACUCUCCCUGUGGCCCACCCAGACACUGGGACAGAGCGACCUCCCUGGGCCUCACUGAGCUCAGCCGCAUUCCCUCUGCCUCUCUAUCCACACCACUCUGCUGUACCUCAGCCGACCCUCUCACUGCCGCUCACUGUGGGGGGGGGGGGGGGGGGGCCCUAGCCCCGGCCUGGUGUUGACUAGAACCCAUGUGCUCUUGGGCAAAUGAUCCCUCGACCACCAUUUUGAAGAGCAGGUUGAUCUCCUGGGUGCUUUUGCCCAACUCUCCCUGACUCACAGUCUGAAGAAGGGUCUCGACCUGAAACGUCACCCGUUCCUUUUCUCCAGAGAUGCUGCCUGACCCGCUGAUUUACUCCAGCAUUCGGUGUAAACCAGCAUCAGCAGUUCCUUCCUACACGUGGACCAAAGGGCCUGUUUCCAUACUGGACUUCUCUCCUCUAUCUACCUCACCAUCGGUACUUCUGAGAUGGGUUAUCUGGUUAUUAUUUGCUCAUUGGCUGCGGGCUCCUGCAGGUCACAAAUGGCCGUGCUCCUUUCACUGAAGGUCGGGUCGUUGUGGUGGUUGAGAACAUCUCUGUAAAUGUCAUAAAGGAACUGCAGAUGUUGGAAUCUGGAGCAAAACACAAAGUGCUGGAGUGUCGCCACAGGACUAGGCAGCAUCUGUGGCUGGAAUGGACCCAAUCUGAAGAAGAACCCAUCGUGAAAUGCCGCCAGUCCAUUCCCUCCACAGAUGCUGCCUGAGCUGCUGAGUUCCUCCUGCCCUUUGUAUUUCACUUGCUGAUGUUAUUAUUAAGGAUGGUAGAGGAAAGAAUUCUAUUUUAAUGUCUCCUCUGCUUCAUAUCCUCGCUGUCUUCCCUAUCCUCGCAUUCUUCUUUCCUGUGUUUCCUUCAGCCUCUCUAUCUCUCCAUCCCUCAUUGUCUCAGCUUUCCUUGUUCUCCAACCCUCUGUCCUCUUCCUCCUGGAUCCUGUUUACUCUGUGCCGUCUCUCUCUCUCUCUCUCUCUAGUUCUCUGUCUCCCCAUCACCGCUCUGUCCCUUUACCAUAGCAGCUACAUCUGAUUGAUCCAAACACAAGUCCAACAACACCAAGUCCCCGUCUAUGGUGACUUGGUUACAGGUUUGGGUUUUGUGAGGGGCCACCUCCCCUAUCACCGAGUACCGGCCUUCCACACGCCGGAUGAUGCUCUUCCAAAUAAAAUAGUAUUUCCAGAGUCUGUGAACCUUGCGGUUAUCACAUUUCUUUCCUGCCCUUAAUUUGAUAAACGGAUGCAACAAUCUAAACAGAAAAAAGGUUGGAGUAGCAGAUUAACCACAAAACUAUAAAUGGGGCAGGUGUGAACUGUCCUGGUCUGUUAUACGUUAUCACUUAACCGAGUCUGAAACGUCACCCAUUCCUUCUCUCCAGAGAUGCUGCCUGUCCCACUGAGUUACUCCAGCAUUUUGUGUCUAUCUUUGGUCUAAAUCAGCAUCUGCAGUUCCUUCCUACACAUUGCUUAACGGGAUAUUUAUCAUAGAGAGCGAUCCUCUUUCAUGCUCAGUGACAGAUGGGCGAGGGAGGGGGUGAAGGGGUGUAGUUACGUAAAAUUGAACAAUUCACCAUUCAUGCCAUUGGGUUGCAGGCGGCCCCUGUGGAAUUGAGGGACUGUUCCUCCGAGUCCAGUUUGCGUCUGUUCUCACUCUGGCAAUGGAGGUGGCCCAGGGUAGAGAGGUCAGUGUGGGAUUGGGAAAAUAGUUAGCAACCGACAGAUCUCGGAGGUGUCACCUAUCCGGGAGAUGCUGCCUGACCCGCUGAGUUACUCCAGCAUUUUGUGUCUUUUUUUGAAAGCCAGUACCUGCAGUUCCUUGUUUCUGCAUCUUCCUGGAUAGAAGAGGUUGGUUUCACAGGUGUCAGUGAAGCCGGGUGUCAUGUGUACAGCCGGCAGCAGAUGGCGGUGUUGGCCACGUUAUCCCACUCAGGAGCUGGGGUUGAAGCAGUGGGGGGAAUGGGAGCUGUCUGGCUGUGUGUGUGUGUGUGUGUGUGUGUGUGUGUGUGUGUGUGUGUGUGUGUGGACUGGCUGCCAGCACUAGACGGAUUACAUCUGAGGGGAGUAACAGAAAAUGCUGGGGAUGGCAGGUCACGGGAAAGAGAAACAGAAUUACAUUGGAAACAAUCAGGCCAAUCGUCCCAACCCAAAACGUCGCCUGACCCAUCCCCUCCACAGAUGCUGCCUGACUCCAUUGAACCAUCAUCAGUGAAUCUCAUUGUUCUGUUUUGGGACAGGUGACAAUAAAACACUCUUGACUAUUGACCCGUUGUGUUUUGUUUUUGGAAACGUUCAAUUACUUUCUCACCUUCCACAGGUGCUGCCUGAA